AUGACCUCGGCCGACGAGACGAUGCCAAUCCAUGCCGACAUUGAUGCGGAGAUGGCACCACCGGCAACCCCCGUUGACUCGACCGCGCCAUCGGGGGGCGAAGACACCGGUAAAGCGAGCCCAGAAUUGUCCAAGGAAAAUGUGCUGAGCUCGGAUGGAAAAGCGAGUGUCUCCCCCAAGGCCGCCGUCAAGCGUCCGGUUUCGAGCUCUGCAAACGCGGCCAAGCGACCAACCUCGUCAUCAGCCUCAAGCAAGACUCCAUCGACCGUUCGCUCGAGUACCGCUGCGAGCUCACUCAGCAAGCCACCUACCCGGCCCGUGUCCGGUACGACCGCAACACGCAGGCCUCUGAGUAGCUCAACCACUGCAACUCACAGGUCUCGGCCCUCAAUCAGCAGUUCCGCUGAUGAGAAGCCCCGUUCUAUUGCAAGCUCCGGGGACGAGAAGCGUGGCAUUUCAAGCUCAGCUAAACGAAUGUCCAUGAUUGGUACUUCCUCCACCCGCGCACCACUCAAGACUUCCUCCACCUCGGAUCGCCGUUCCAGCAUUGCCGGGUCUCCUUUGGAGAAGAAAGCCACGCCAUCUACUGCGUCUCGUACCACUUCUAGCUCCACAGUCAAGCCGGUUGGUAAAUUGACAUCAGCAACCUUGCCAUCAAAUCGGCCAACGCCUUCGACCACAGCCACUCGUCCAGCGCUUCGCCCGGCCGCUUCAACCACCAGCACUCGUAGCGUGACCUCCACGUCCAGUGACGCCACCAAGAAGCGUCUGAGCACCGUAAGCAGCACUACGGCGCGAUCUUCGGAGGGUGCCGAGAAGGUUCAGGCGCUGCAAGCGAAGCUUUCGGAAAGUGAGGAGACCAUCACAAGUCUUCAAUCACAACUUGAGGCUGUGAACGAGAAACUGAGUCAACUCACCCUUGGGGGCGAGAAAGGCAUCAAGGACGGCGAAGCUGUUCAGGCCGGACAUGCUGAUGAGCUUGAGAAGCUGGCUUCUGCUCACGCCGGAGAGCUUCGGGCUCUCCAGGAACGACUGGAGCAGGCGGAAACUCAGCGCAAAGAGCUCGAGGAGAAAUUCCAAAGAGAUCUUGAGGAAGCUAAAGACUCUGCGAGUAUCAAGGACGACGAGAAAUAUAAUGCAGUGCUCGCGCAAAAUGAAAGUCUCAAAGCUGAACUCGAGGAAUUGAACAAGAGUUUGGAAAAGAAUCUCGCUGAGCGCGAGGCCACCGCCGAGGCUGUUGAAGAACAGCUCUCUCUGCUCAAGGCCAACUUGGCAUCGCAGAAGACGUCUCUAGAGGAGGAGAAGGCCACGGCUAUUGAGAACUUGCAAAGGGAACUGCAAGGCCGCGAUCAGGUUAUGGAGGAGCUGAUUGCCGCUCACAAGAAAUUGACCGAUUCCAAGGACGAAAAGCUCUCCGCUGAGAUGGAAGCCGCGAAGGAACUUCGAGACCAGAUUCAGUCCCUCGAAAGCAAGCUUGCCGAGGCUGAUUCGGUCACAAAGGAAAGCUCAGCGGAGACUAGUGCAUCUCUGGCGGAAAAGGAAAAGCAGGUUGAAGAGCUUAAAGACGCCCUGGAGGAACUCCGUCAAGAACUCACAUCCACCCGCGACGCUGCUUUGGCAGACCAGGCGGCCAAAAUCAGUGACUUGGAGUCUUCACACGAACUCGCCUUGUCAGCCCUCAAGGCGGAACAUGAAACGACUUUGAGCUCCCUGUCCGCCUCGCAUGCUGAGGAACUUACUACUGCCAAAUCUGCUGCUGAAUCGAGUGGGUCUGAAAAUACGCAGCAGCUUGAAGACCUACGCGUUGCCUUGGAGACUGCCAAGUCGGCUGCUCAGGAAGCACAGGCUCGUGCCGUUGACGAGGUUAAAGUCAACCACUAUGCUGAGCUCGAGAAGUUGCGCGAGCAACUUGAAGAGUCACGAAAAGCGCUGGACGAAACACGUCACAUGUUAGAAGAAGGCAAAGUCUCCGCUCAGGAGGAUGCUGUUCAUGAAAUCGAUGAUCUUCAUCACAAGGUUGAGUCCUUGGAAACUCUCGUGUCCACUACCACUAGCGAGAUCAAGGCCUUGCAAGAGGAGAUGCAAGGCAAGCAGGCUGAGGCUGAACAAUUGUAUCAGAGUCUGAAGAGAGUCGAGACCGAUGCCAAGUCCAAGGAAGAGCGACAGCAAACAUUGCUCAAGGAGCGUGAGGCUCAAAUUGAGGCCGCUGAGCAGAAGGCCACUGACGCUGCUCGCCUUUUGGAUGAACAAAAGUCCCUGGUCAUUGAUGCCUCCGACAAGCACACUCAAGAGCUGGAGGCUCUCAAGGCAGCUCAUGCUGCUGAGCUCGAGCGUGCUAGACUGGAUUCUUCCUCAUCCCACGACAGCACAUUGAGCGAACUCCAACAAAAACACGAUGAGUUGUAUGCACGAAAUCAGGAAUUGGAGCUGAAGCACGCAGAUGAAAUGGAGUUCCUGCAGACUGAAUUGAAGUCUUCUCUUGAACGCCAUUCCGCUGAAAUCUCUUCCCUGACUGCGGACCGCGAAUCAGAACUGGCCGAGCUGCGGAACCACUACGAGCAGACCAAGGCUGCUUUGCAGGCUGAGCUGGAGUCUUUACAGGCCUCUCAUACCGCUGGCAAUGAGUCGCACACGAAGGAACUUGAGGAACUCCAGAAAGGCUUUGCAGAGACCAAGGCCAAGCUUCUUGCCGAACUCGAAGCUUCACAGGCUUCCAAGGCUGCUGAUGCAGAUGCUGAGCACGGAAGAGCCAUUGAAGAGCUGCUGCAGCUUCAAGAUGUCAAGAUUUCUUCCCUCAGGUCAGAAUUUGAGGAAUCCAGCAAGGCUAAAAUUGAGGAACUGGAGAAAGCCCAUGAGAUGGUGCUCGUCAAUCUCAGAGAACAACUCGAGAAGUCCAACGCGGCUGCUCAGGACACCACUCUGGUCGACAGUUUGAAGGCAACUAUUGUCGAGCUGGAGGCGCAGCUUGCCAACGCGGCUGAGACUCAAGCUGCUAUGCAAGAAUCUUCGGCUACUAUUUCCCGCGAUCUCCAUGAGAAGCACACUGCGGAGCUUUCUCGCCUUCAGAGUGAGCAUGCUGCGCUGUCGGCCAAACACGAGGCCACACUUUAUCAGCUCGAGGAUCUUCAAAGAUCUGCUCAAGACGCCGCCAGUGGCAGUCAGUCUCAGCUUGAGGCUGUUCAAAAGGAACUUGCCCUGUCAAAGGAGGAAAUUGAUUCUCUCAAAGAAAAGUAUACCGCUACUUGCCAGGAGUCGGACGAACUUCGUGUUCACACAAAGUCUCUGGAAGAGAAGAUCGCCAGUGGCCAACAGGACUUGAACAAUCAAAUCGACAAGAACAUGCAGCUCCUCAACCAACUAGGAGACGUUGAAAACGACGUCUCCGCUAGCCGCAAGCGCAUCCGCGAACUUGAGGCCAAAAUUACCGCUCUAGAGGCCAAUCCCGGUAAGAGCACUCCGAGCGGACUGAAUGCAAGCCGAUGGGCGUCCUUGGAUGAGAGCAAUGAGGAAGCCGUAGGAGGCGUUCCAGCCGCAGUGGAAGGUGAGGACCUUGGUCCAUCCAUUGAGGGAACGAUGGCAAGCAUUCAGGAGCAGCUUAAGCACAUUCGCUCUGCGAACGAUGACUGGUACGACGAGCACCGCAGACUCCUCGGUGAAUUAGCUCAAGUUUCUCGACGGGCGACGCCGAAUCCCCCUAGUGCUUCGUCAACUCCCCAUCCCGAAGUCUCUACAUCCGCCUCGGAAUCCGAGAGUGGCCACAGCCGCGCAGCCGAAUUUGCCGUAGCGCGGUGA